AUGGAGACUCAGAAAGCUGGCGAGACGAUUGGGGAGGUUAGGCCUGUGGCGGAUAUGCACCAAAGGAAGGCUGAAAUGGCCCGCCACUCUGAUUGUUUCAUAGCUUUACCAGGUGGGUAUGGAACUCUAGAAGAAUUACUGGAGGUUAUCACAUGGGCUCAACUGGGCAUCCAUGACAAGCCUGUGGGUUUACUCAAUGUUGAUGGUUACUACAACUACCUCCUCAGCUUCAUUGACAAAGCUGUAGACGAUGGGUUCAUAAAGCCUUCACAGCGUGACAUUUUCGUCUCUGCACCAAAUGCCAAAGAGCUCGUUCAAAAACUGGAGGAGUACGUACCAGUGCAUGAUGGAGUCGUAGCUAAGGUGAAGUGGGAGGUCGAGCAACAGCAACCACAACAAGUGGGGUUCAAUGCUAUGCCGACCGAGGUUGCUCUAUGA